UUGUGUGGUGAAGGACUCAGGGCUACCUGUGAGCGAGAGAGAGAGAGAGUUGAUUAUCUGUCUCUUCUCUUCUUCACAUCACUCUGUGCGUCCGUCCUAUUCGAACUUCUUUCAAUCGCCUAAGAGUUGUCAAUCCGGGUUUUUGGAAUCUGGGGAUUGGAAUUUUAUUGUUUGAUCAAAUGAUGUUGAAUCGAUUCAGUACGACGUUCGCUGCUUUGCCUCCUCAUUAGCAAAGCAACGCCUUCUUCUUCCAUGUCCGUGUCUGUGGAAUGUGUGAACAUAUGUAAUCUAACUAAAGGAGACGGGAACGCAACAAGUGAUUGCACUGUUCUCUCCUGUGCUUGGAAAGCUCCUAGACCCUUAACUGGCUUUCUCGCCACCACUCCUCAUCCACCUCUAUCUCCCAGAAGAUAUGGAACACAUACUAGAAUCAAAUCUAUUCCUCAGAGUUAUAAAUAUGAAGUAAGUUUCUCGGAAGUUAGACAAAUCUUGAGUUCCAGAUCAUCUUGUGGUCGUCAUAAAAGAUGUGAACUGUAUUGCUUAUCAUCUGAAGCUUCUGGGUCUUCCCACCAUGUUACCGUUGAAACAUUAUGGGAGGACCUUUUCCCAUCGAUAUCUUACUUAUCCUGUAAAGAAUUAGAGUUUGUUCAAAAGGGCCUCAAGUUAGCGUUUGAGGCACAUCAUGGUCAAAAGAGACGUAGUGGGGAGCCAUUCAUUAUACAUCCAGUUGCAGUUGCUCGUAUCCUUGGGGAGCUUGAAUUGGAUUGGGAGUCUAUUGUUGCUGGAUUACUUCAUGACACGGUCGAGGAUACAAAUUUUAUUACUUUUGAGAAGAUAGAAGAAGAGUUUGGUGCAACCGUACGUCACAUUGUAGAAGGGGAGACUAAGGUGUCCAAACUGGGAAAAUUGAAGUGUAAAACCGAAAGUGAAUCAAUACAAGAUGUUAAAGCAGAUGAUUUGCGGCAGAUGUUUCUGGCGAUGACGGACGAGGUCCGCGUCAUUAUUGUCAAGCUAGCUGACCGGUUGCAUAAUAUGCGAACUCUCUGUCACAUGCCUCCCCAUAAGCAGUCCAGCAUUGCAGCGGAAACUUUGCAGGUCUUUGCUCCUUUAGCGAAAUUGCUUGGAAUGUAUUCAAUAAAGUCUGAACUGGAAAAUCUAUCUUUCAUGUACGUAAAUGCUGAAGAUUAUGUGAGAGUCACAAGCAGGAUUGCUAACCUCUACAAAGAGCACGAGAAAGAACUCAGUGAGGCAAACAGAAUUUUGGUGAAAAAGAUUGAAGAUGAUGGGUUUUUGGACCUUGUUACUGUGAGUACCGAUGUUCGAUCUGUUUGCAAGGAAACUUACAGCAUAUACAAAGCUGCGCUCAAAUCAAAAGGAUCAAUUAAUGAUUACAACCAGAUUGCUCAGCAGUUAAGGAUUGUUGUAAAGCCAAAACCUUCUGUCGGUGUCGGGCCUUUAUGCAGUCCACAACAGAUAUGCUAUCAUGUUCUUGGGCUAGUACAUGAGAUCUGGAAACCCAUUCCCAGAACUGUAAAAGAUUACAUUGCGACACCUAAGCCUAAUGGCUACCAGAGCCUUCAUACUACUGUGAUUCCGUUUUUGUAUGAGAGUAUGUUCCGGCUAGAGGUUCAGAUCAGAACGGAGGAGAUGGACUUGAUAGCUGAAAGGGGGAUUGCUGUUUACUAUAAUGGCAGGGCUCUUUCUGCUGGAUUAGCUGGAAGUCCAGUUCCUCUAGGUAGAAAUUCAAGGGGGAAGACAGGUCGCCUCAACAAUGCAGAUUUUGCACUCAGGAUCGGGUGGCUAAAUGCAAUUAGGGAAUGGCAAGAGGAGUUUGUGGGUAACAUGAGCUCUAGAGAAUUUGUGGAUACCAUUACGAGAGAUCUUUUAGGUAGUCGUGUGUUUGUGUUCACACCUAAAGGAGAGAUAAAGAACCUUCCUAAAGGGGCAACCGUUGUUGACUACGCUUAUCUGAUUCACACGGAAAUCGGAAACAAGAUGGUAGCAGCAAAGGUGAAUGGUAAUCUCGUUUCUCCAACUCACGUUCUUGAGAAUGCCGAGGUCGUGGAGAUACUCACCUAUAACGCCCUCUCAAGCAAAUCUGCUUUCCAGAGACAUAAACAGUGGUUGCAACAUGCCAAAACAAGGAGUGCAAGACACAAGAUUAUGAGGUUCCUAAGGGAGCAAGCUGCGCAAUGUGCUGCAGAAAUAACCCAAGAUCGAGUGAAUGACUUUGUGGCGGACUCCGAAAGUGACGUGGAAGAUCUCACAGAAGAUUCAAGAAAGAGCCUACAGUGGUGGGAGAAAAUUCUCGUUAAUGUUAAGCAGUUUCAGUCACAAGACAAAAGCAGAAACGUAACACCCGUUUCUCAAAACGGCGGGAGCGUUUGGGUCCCAAAGGUGAAUGGGAAACACAACAAAGCCAUCAAGGACUCGAGUUUGGAGAAUCCAGAGUUCUUCUUACCUGGAGAUGGAAUUGCCAAGAUUUUUCCUGCUAACAUUCCUCCUUAUAAAGAAGUGUUGCCCGGUUUAGAGAGUUGGAGAGCCAGUAAAAUCGACUCAUGGCAUCAUCUGGAAGGUCACUCUAUCGACUGGUUAUGUGUUGUAUCCAUGGAUCGUAAAGGCAUAAUCGCAGAGGUUACAACAGUCCUUGCAGCUGAAGGGAUCGCAGUAUGUUCUUGCGUGGCCGAGAUUGACAGAGGAAGAGGAUUAGCAGUAAUGCUGUUUCAAAUAGAAGCAAACAUUGAAAGUUUGGUUACCGUUUGCGCAAAGGUGGAUCUAAUCUUGGGUGUGUUGGGAUGGUCUAGUGGCUGCAGCUGGCCAAGAUCAACAGAUAAUGCUCAAGUUCUUGAGUGUUAAAGCUAAAGGACUCAUGUUCUUGGCCAUGUAGUUUUGUCAUGUUCUGUGGAAAAGAUGAUCAACAGAAUCUGGUAAUGGUUGCUCAAAGUAGAGGUAGAGAGCUCUUAUAGUUAAUUAUAUAUAUCAUUUUGUUUUGAAAACAAAACCAUAUAAAGGGAGUCAAAUUCUUUUAGAUGUUUUUUGUGUUUAAUUAAUCCAGGUGAUUGUACUUUUUUUUUGAACAAAAUCCAGGUGAUUGUAUAUAAAAGACCAUAGAGUGGGAUGAACAUACAAAUGUAAUAUGUAGAUACACUCCUGUUAAAACCUUA